GUUGAUUUUUUUUGCAGAGCAUCUAAUCUUUGUCUGUUUUGAGGUUCUGGUUGUUUUUAAAGAACUUCAAAUCUGUGUCUGUUUUGGAUUCAAGUUAUUUUUGCAGAACGUCUAAUCUUUGGCUGUUUUGUGGCUGACGUUAUCACAAUUGCUGUCAAAUCUCCACAGUGUUUAUUAUACAACAAUGAAUCGCGAUAAGAGCAGGGAUAAGAAUAUGUCGCGGACAUUUAUUGGAAAACGGGGAUGUUGUUUUAUAUGUGUAUUCAUAUUUCUUUCUAUGAUAGUCGCUGUUUAUUUAACUUACUUCCGACAUCCGCCGGCUGACGAGCUGCUUCGUAUGAACAACCACAGAUUUUCAAUGGAUUCAUCUCAUAAUGUAAAAUCAGAAAAUCCGAAUGCCAAACAAUCAUCUGAAUCAGAUGCAGAAAAUGAUACAAAUGUUGCGGACUUACCCGUUGCAGAAGAUAAAGAGAGAGCUAAAUGGGAAAAAUUUCUGAGAGAGAAAAAUUAUGUUUCAAUCGGAGAGGUUUUUGACAGUUGUGAUGCUAAAAGUAGAAAAAUGGUUGGACAGACAAUUAUGUUGAAGGAUGAAAAACACGGAGGAGUCAAAACGCGAACAUUUUUAAAUUUUACAACAGAGUACAAUGUAACUGGAGGCGAGUUUUUCAUCGACGUGAAAUAUAAUGACAAUGAUUUAUUUGAUAAUCAUUGGGAGGUAUGUGGCCUUACGUAUUACAAUGAUGAAGGUGAAGAAGAAGUGCUAGCUGAUUGUCCUUACCCUAAAGGAUUUCACAGUUACACAAAAGAUAGAAAAAUCCCGGACUAUUUACCAAAGGGCAAAUUUGAAACGAAUAUAUGGAUUACAGAUCAAAACAAGGAAGCUGUACUAUGUGGCCGAUCAAUCUUUGUUUUAUGAGCAUUUAUGAAAAUAUAAUUAAAUUAUUUAAAAUCA